UACAGAUCCGUACUUUUCUUGAAAGACUGUGCUAUUUUCAUUAUUGAUCAUUGAAUCAAAUUUAUACGAAGUCCCACUCAUAUACAAAAUAUGACACAAAACCAUAAUUUUAUUUUGCCAAAUGGAAUAAUCACUUCAAAAACUAUUGUCAAAAUUGAGUAUAAACAUUAAAAAUUUGAUUAUACCCUGAGAUAUUUCAUCCAAAAAAAAUGGUGGACCCCAACUUGGUAACCACAUGCAACUUUCACGGCCAAGAGUUCCUUUUCAAAAUGAACGUUUUGGGAAAUAAUUUAGAAAUACUCAUUACUGAUAAGAAUUCUGGAGAAGAAUGGCAGUGUAGUUACGACGCAACAUAUAUUGAAAAUUUAACUCACAAAACAGGAAAUUUCAAACAAUUUGAUAUUUUCAUAACAAUGAUAAAAUCUGGUUUACUAAGGACAAGCGAGUGCGUGUCUUUGGAUUUGUUAACAUUUGAGGAUUUGGAAUUAUUAAGAUCGAGAAAAAUAACAAAAGUUUGUGGACAAAACAACAACAACCGAAGAUAUUUGAUUGUGACUUAUUGCGUCGAAUUCGAUAGGAUACGUUACCCAAUUCCUCUAGAAUAUUGCGGUCCCCCAGAUCCAGUGGUCUUACAAGCAACUAUCAAAAGACUAGAAGCUGAGUUGGAAAGAGUAAAGGAAAAUGCCCACGACAGGAGAAGUAAUACGGACACGAGAAAAAUUUACGCACUUCAGAGAAAAAUUGAAGAAAUCUCUGACGAAAACUAUCGUCUGAAAGAAGAAAUAUGCCUUCUGAGGAGAGAAAUGGAUAAAAAACCAAGAAAUAGGGUGCUUUGCUUAGAGAAAGCUAUGGAUAAACUUGAAACCAGCGUGGUAAACGAAAGAACUUCCCAUCACAAUUUAGUCGAAAAGUUACGUAAAGAAAAAGUGAGCUUGGUUAAGGAACUGGAUAAAUUGAGGGUUUCCGAAAAACUGUUGAAACAAAAACUGAGGUCGUUUCAAAGUCCGUCAAGAUUUUGUUGCGGAGACGGUGUAUCUCCAGCGAGAAAAAAAUCGGACAGCAGUGUCAACACGGUUUAUAGAAGAAAAAAUACAAUGGGAAACCAAGAGCCUAGAAUUCCAGUUGAGAAAAAUGUCAAACCCAAGAAAUCGAAAUCUGAUACUUAUUGGAAUACUCCAGCUAAUAGAAAACACACAAGAUGUUCGAGAAGAGAUACUUUUAUGAAAACAGCAGAUAGGAGUCGAAGUAGUUCAAACUCCAGUACAAAAUGUCAGAACAGGCGCAAAUAUGAGAACCUGCAAUCCAUAUACGUUAACGAUAAAUUGCCCCUCAGUAGAAUCAACACACCGGUUUUGUUAGAAAAGUACAAUUCCAGGAGCAGCUCAGCAGCAUCAAGAUGUAGUUCAAAGGAUAGCGUCAGUAAAAAGAUUAAAUUCCCUAAACAUAGCGAUCCAGACUUCAAAAAAUUGGAAGAUAAAAUCGAAUCUUUACAAAAGAUGUUGAAAAAAAAUUUCAUCAAAUGAAAUGUCUUUUUAAGCAUUUAGAUAUAUUCAUUUAUAUAUUCGAUCAAGAAAAUAAAAAUCCCUCUACAUAUUGUC